AUACAGAUAAUAAUAAUAAAUUUCACAUGUAAUUAAAUGUGAUUGAAUGAUAUUCACGUCCGUCCGUACGUGAAGUAUGAGCUUCCUAGCCCAAAAUGGUAUAAAAGGGUUCAGGGCUAUUUCUUCUUUUUCGUGGCGUAAAGAGGUUCGCCCUCGAGCUCUUACUCGCUCUUCCCGCCUGACUCGCCCGAUCUGUUCUUUGAGGCGCAUCGAUCCGCUCUGUAGAUAAUUCAUGUCGUUUGGAAAGGCCGGCGGGUCCGGCGUCGUCGUUCCUCGGAACUUCAGACUGCUUGAUGAGCUCGAGCGAGGAGAGAAGGGUAUAGGUGAUGGGACUGUUAGCUAUGGGAUGGAGGAUGCGGAUGACAUCUACAUGCGCUCCUGGACAGGGACUAUAAUUGGUCCUCUCAAUUCUGUUCAUGAAGGAAGGAUCUAUCAAUUGAAGCUGUUUUGCGACAAAGACUAUCCGAUCAAACCACCGACGGUGCGCUUCCACUCUCGAAUAAACAUGACUUGUGUUAACCCUCAUACAGGAGUGGUAGAGCCAACGAAGUUCAGCACGCUGGGAAACUGGCAUGUAGAGUCCACAAUGGAGCACAUACUGACUCAAUUGAAGAAGGAAAUGGGUGCAUCAUAUAAUAGGAAACUUGUACAGCCCCCUGAAGCUACAUUCUUUUGAAUUUGGUUCUUCCCAUAUAUAUAUAUAUAUAUAUAUAUAUAUAUAUGAUGGUUGGCCACUCAUAAAUAAAUUAUGUCAAUUUUAAGUUUCAAAUGCUUAAUAAAUUGCACGAGCCACCUUUUCAAUUUAUUACACGUUAUAGCAUUUAAUUUCGGCUGCUGACCUCUUCUGGGUCUCAACAGUCUUACCUAAGAUUUGUGUGCUAUGCCUGUGAACGCCCCCAUUUAUAUCUUUC